CAAAUAUCAGGCGACCAAUAUCAGACGCCCAAUAUCAGACGCUGGAAGAAAAGGCUAUCUAAUACUUGUCACUCCAAGACUCAAUGACAAUGGAAGGCUUCCUAGUACCAGUACUGUUAAUGGUGACUUUCUGUCCUACUGGUAUUCCAGGUAACCCUGAGUGYUUGACAUGCAAGAAGUUUUCUGGCAAGCUGAAAAUGGACGAAGCAUUUGUAAACAUCACAACCAAUCUCAAAAAGCCGAUAAACUUAUUAGGAAUAUCUUCUAAUUGUUAUCUGUGUCCAUUACAAGUAUUGGCGACUAAUGUGACGAGGGAGUCACAUAUAGUGGUAUCAACACAUUAUAAGUACAAACUAGCUGUAAAUAGUCUUGACGGCUCCAGGAUAUGCAGGUAGCGCAGUCCCCGUACUUUUACUGCUAAAGUUCUCUUACGUCUUUUUGAUGACCCCCAUUGUUUAAU